AUGUCCAACUCUUAUAGCAAUAUCGUGUUUGCGUUGGCCCGUAGACUUCUGAUUGAUCCCAAGUAUGCGUGGAUGCUGGCGUGCCUGGUCGUACUUGGAGAUGCGGUACUGACAGAGCUUAUUAUUCGUUUCGUCGGAUAUACUGAGAUCGAUUGGGAAACGUACAUGUAUCACAUGGAGCUUUACCUGGGUGGCGAACGAAACUAUACAGCUGUCACUGGACCAACGGGACCUCUCGUCUAUCCUGCAGGUCAUGUCUACAUUCACGAGAACCUAUACAAGCUCACUUCAUCCGGCCUCAACAUUCCUCUGGCGCAACAUAUCUACGCAGUGCUUUACGUUGCAUCCCUCGCAUUGACUUGCGGUAUUUACCUACAAUCGGGUGGCAUUCCGAAUUGGGUGCUUCUUAUCCUACCUCUGAGCAAGAGACUACAUUCUAUUUAUGUACUCCGGCUGUUCAAUGACUGUUGGGCGACAGUCGGUACGCAAGCUGGUAUUCUUGCCCUCACAAGUGGCUACUACACGAUGUCCUGCAUAUUCUUCAGCCUUGCUGUCUCCGUCAAAAUGUCCGCCUUGCUCUAUCUACCGGGCCUCUUAAUAAUCCUCUGGCAGCAGCGAGGCGUCGUUCAGACAAUUCUUCACGUUGUUGUAAUGGUUAUGUUCCAAGCAAUUCUCGCAUGGGAAUUCCUUGCAGAGUAUCCCUGGCAGUACCUGACUGGAGCGUUCGAUUUGUCGCGGGUCUUCCUGUUCAAGUGGACGGUCAACUGGCGCUUCUUAGGGGAGGAUACCUUCUUGAACCCUGUUUGGGCUAGGACCCUGCUACUGUGUCAUUUAUGCACGCUUUUGCUGUUUGCACACUUUAAGUGGUGCCGAAGUGGGGGUGGAAUACUCAAACUCCUUGCAAAGACGCUACGGAAUCCCUGGGCGCCAGCACGUCACUUGUCUGCCGACUAUGUAACAACGGUCCUCAUGACGUCAAACCUUAUUGGGAUCACGUUUGCGAGAUCGUUACACUAUCAGUUUUACUCCUGGUAUGCACAACAAAUACCAUUCUUGAUUUGGCGGACACGGUACCCUCUUCUAGUAAAACUAGCAGUUAUUGGCAGCAUUGAAUAUGCCUGGAACGUGUUUCCGUCUACAAAUCUAUCAUCUACGGUCCUAGUCCUUGCAAACGUAUUCUUUCUGACAGGCGUGUGGUUCGGCUGGCCAACAGGACGAGAUGUUGAACAUCAGACCAUUAAAAAAUCCGAGUAG